CGCUUUCAACGUGCAUGAAAGAUUGAUGACUGCAGACAGGUUGGGAGUCAAUUGGCCUUGGCCGGGUAAUCUGGCUGCCCGAUUGAGACUCGCGCUGAUGUAUUAUUGGUCAAAAUCUUUACGCUAGCCCGUUUGUGGCUAGUGCGGCAGUUGAGUCACGGCAUUGAUAGAUGACCCUCGGAAUCCACUUCAGAAGUUCCAUCCAGUGUUGUGUCAUUGGUUCCUGUCGACCAAGUCAAAAGCAAGCAGCAGACGGUUGAUAUUCAACAUCAACGUCUCUUCAUCUUCAUACAACCUUUGCUUUACAAACAGCAAACUGUGUAUAUUUCAUUGGCCGCUCUUAGUUUCAGAAGCAAUGGGGUCCUCGGUGCCCAGAAGCUUCAUCGACCUUCCGCUGGAAAUCCAGUUCCUGGUUUUCGCCAACUUUGACUGUGCACGCGACCUUCGAGCGCUUGCCUUGACUUGCAAGAAGCUGCAUAGCGCUGUCAACAACGAUGGAUGGCGACGUUUCGUGGAACGCAGUUUUCCCUCUCUGUCUAUUCCCAUUCCAAACGGAAAUCGCCACACCUGGGAACAACUUGCCGAAUCACUCACCUGGCAAAGUCGAUGCUGGGACCGGCGAGCUCUGCAAUUCCAAGUUCUACUACACUCACCACACGGCGAUGAGGUGAGACGGCACCGAGGGAAUGCGAGGGGGAGAGGUCUAUUCCACUCUGUUGUUGAUGCUCAUUUCGACCCAGCCACCCAUGAAGAGCUCGUUGUAUGGGGUGCCGGAGAAGACAUCGUUGGCCGGUAUAGGGAGCGCCAGGGACCGGACAAGCCAUCCAAGUGUUCGUGGCACAGCGUUAAUGGCAAGGAACUGGGCUUCAGAGCGGCUUACGAUGAUGUCAACUCGGUAAAGAUCGUCAACCACCACACCGGACGAGCUGUUGUCACUGGAAGGCACAAUGGAACACUGUCGCUCAUAUCAGCGGAACCGGAUCGCUUUGGCCAGCUCAUCUCGGAGUUCAAGUUCGGUCCUCCAGAAACAUCUGAAACAAACAACGGCUCAGAACCGGAAAAUCUCAGUUCGUUGGAUGUUCUCCAACACGGCUCCAACACAAGAAUAGCGGCUGCCACGAGGAAUGGCCUGGCCGUAUUCGACCUUCCUGCGGACGCCACAACCGAACUAGAGCUAUCUGCUACAUUUGAUCUCAAAACAGAGAUAUUCUCUCUGAACACCUCGAGACUCAGUCGUGCCAAAUGGAUGGAACAGGGCGAAACCGUUGCAUUGGCUUUGAGUGGCUCUCCCGAUCCUCUCCGUUACCUCUCCCUGACACCAACGGGCAUCACUCAUCACACAGCUGCCAAGAAUGCAUCAAUUGCGGCUCAGUUUGAGCUCAAGGACAAUGGAAAUAUCUGUCCCAAUUCUCUAGAACCUGUUUGUCGGACUGGAGGCUGCAGAACCAGUCUACUUCUCAGCGCGUGGCGAGAUGGGACUAUCAGGUUACAAGACUUACGCACACCAUCACCGUUUGACGCUGUCUAUCAAGACAAUGUUGAUCCAUGGGUUGAUGCUGAGGCCCUCAUGACAUACGGCACAGAGCGCUUCGUUGCCGGAGGCGGGGAUGGCCUCACCGUCAAGAUAUUCGACUUUCGCUGGGAACGACCCUACCAUCACACCUCAGGUCUUCCGUGUCUGAACUCAUCGCCAUUCCCAGGACCCUCGCAAGCGUUCUUGAAAAAUCCUACAAAGUCAAAUCUCGGCAAUGAAAGGUGCAAGCAAGGACGAGCGUGCCAGUACCACGAGCUCUCAAAACACAUCUACUAUAGACCGAACGCCAAGUUUUACCUUUCCAGGUCGCUGAUCAACAGCAGCGCCAGCAUCUGGUCGCUUGCCCGAGGGUCAGACAUCUCGCCCAACUUUUACAUUGGCAUUUCGGGCGGAGUUAUCGAAGCCAAUCUGGAGCCGUGUCCAAACAACUACCCACCGGACCGGCCCACUACCGACCCUAAUUUUGGAUUCCCAGACUGGAGAGGACGUGCGGCAGAUGGCAGCGGGUACAUGAGCAGACAGGUCUCGCCGGCUCUUAUGGAGAUUGGGGACGGUUAUGCAUACAAGCAGAACGACAGACCGAUACUGCUUCCCAGGCUGCAGGACUGUGGUGGUCCUCCGAGCUGGUCUGGCCCGAUACUAAAGCUCUCCAAGUAUCACCGACUCGAUAUGAACUAUCAGACAAGGGGGGACUUUGUGUGGGGUUGA